GUUAUGUUAAAAAGGAAUGGCAGGUCCUCUGAACUUAAUGUUUCUCAGGUGAAUACAGAGAAUUUAAGGCGAGUUUUUCAGGUGGAUCCCGAAGAGGCAUGGCUACAGGACGAUUUUGACGGUAGUGCGUACUUUCCAAAUGAUGAAGGCUCCUUUGAAGGGCUACACCAAUUUCAAACCCUAGUUGUCAAUGGUGUAGCCACGACCGCUCCUACUCCUCGAUAUCAGCAGCAGUCUCCGGUAUCUUCUCUCGGUUCUCUGCCGUCAUCAAGUUCCAGCCUUUCCUCGAGCUCAACGCCACUGUUCCGUUCCGUUGUGUCAUCGGCAAAGAAGGCCAAGUAUCGUUUAAAAAUCGUCAAAGCUACCCUCACCUGGCAGGGAAAUAAAGCUGUAUUUAAGCACGUAGCUGCUGGAUUUAUCGAAAUUGAUGAUUUAACUGCCAGGGUUGAUUAUGUUGUCAAAGAAGUUCAGAAAACCUGGGGGGAGAUGUACACAGUAGUUACAAAUGACGGAUUACAAUUAGUUGACUCGGGGGCUACAAAUGGUUUGGCAUUCUGGAAAAAUCCACGAAGGAAGAUAUAUGCUGUGGUGAAGGAUAGUAUGAAAGGUAAAAGUCACAGUCGUAAUGAGCCAUUGUCAAGUAUUUCACAUGAUUCGGAUUCUGAUGAUGAAUUCCAACAAAGGAGGAAGAAAAGUCGUAUUGAAGGAAAGAUUAACAGACUGAUGGAAGACGUAUUUACUCUUAAGGAAAGUGUCUCUGAAGUGAUGCAAGUAUCAAAAGACACUAAAAUACCUUUAGCACUCAAGAAAGUACUUUGUGAUUGUUUUAAGUGCAAGAUAUGUCACAUUGUGCCCAUCAAUCCUCCUGUUAUUGUAACAAAGUGUUGCAAAACAAUAAUAGGGUGCGAAAUCUGUGUCAAUUCAUGGUACAGUGGGCCUGACGCUUUAACAAAGGCCUGUCCCAGCUGCCGUGGAGAAAGGGGGUAUAACGAAACAAUGGUCAUUCGAGGCAUUGAUGACUUUUUGUUUGCUAUCAAAAAAACAGUGCCAGCAGAUGAGGAUGGAAGUGAUGGUGCUCCUCUUGAUGAUUAAAUAACAAGUAACUGGUCUUAUCAUUGCAAUAACUCAUUUAUUCCGAAUGUAACUAUGUAUUCAUUUCUUCAUUUAUGCUAGGUGUCGUUUAAUGAUUCAUUUAUUCAAUAUGUCACUUAUUUAAUUCUUCAUUUAA